AUGCCUGCCACCACGGCGGACACGCUCUCGCUCGUCACGCGGACCGUCACCGUUGCUCCAUUGGUACUUCUCUCCGUCGCAGAUCAUUAUGGACGUUCCGCCAAAGGUACCCGGAAGCGGGUGGUUGGUGUGCUGCUAGGAGAACACAUAGGAGGGAAUGUUCGGGUAUCAAACAGUUUCGCUGUCCCCUUCGAGGAAGAUGAGAAAGACCCAUCGGUGUGGUUUUUAGAUCACAACUUUGUCGAGUCAAUGCGAGACAUGUUCAAGAAGAUCAACGCCCGCGAGAAGCUGAUCGGAUGGUAUCACUCUGGGCCGAAACUACGAGCUUCCGAUCUCGAAAUCAACGAGCUGUUCAAACGAUACACACCAAACCCUCUGCUAGUUAUUGUUGAUGUGCAACCGAAGGAGGUUGGGGUCCCUACUGAUGCGUACUUUGCGGUGGAUGAGAUCAAAGAUGACGGCACCACUACCUCCAGAACCUUCGUGCAUACCCCAUCCACAAUCGAGGCGGAAGAAGCAGAGGAAAUCGGUGUGGAGCACCUUCUCCGAGACAUCAGAGACGUUGCUGUCGGAACGCUUUCCACCCGCAUCACAUCGCAGCUACAGUCCCUGCAGGGCCUACACCUCCGCCUACGUGAUAUCGGCCAAUACCUCCAAAAAGUCCUCGACAACGAACUACCAGUAAACCACGCCAUUCUUGGCAACCUCCAGGAUGUCUUCAACCUCCUUCCCAACCUAUCCACACCGGCAACGACGCCUCGCGCUGGCGGCGAGCCGGAACAACCAACAGAUGACGCUGAGCUAGCCCGCGCCAUGAGCAUUAAGACGAACGACCAGCUAAUGGCCAUCUACCUGAGCAGUUUGGUCCGUGCUGUCACCGCAUACCACGACUUGAUCGAGAACAAGAUCCAGAACCGACAACAGCAGGAAGAAAACGAGCAGAAGAGGGAGCAAGAGGCCAAUGCCGCGAAGAGCGAGAAGGAGGGUGCAAAGAAGGCCAAUGGCACUGCAACCGAGCAGAAAGAAGACCAGGAGUCCAAGGAGAAGACGAAGAAGCGAUAG